AUGUAUCUCCAUACACCGAAUGGAUGCCCCAAGCAGAACAUCACCCAACGUGCAUUCAUCCGGGUGAACCAGGCCAAGAAACCUGUCUCAACAGUGACAUUGAUCGGGCAACAUGGCCAAGAAGAGUUUGACCUCCGCGACCCCUCACAGCUAUACAAGCUCUUCGACGCGGUGGUAGACAGCGAAUUCAUCUUCGCGCUGAAGGAGCAACUUCGCCUCCAAGAUGCUCUCCAGCAGACAGUGGAACCUCCACCACAGUCGACAGCCCAUGCUCAUCCGGGUUUGCCUUCCAUCUGGAAUAACCAAGUUCAGCCUCCCGCCCACGCACUCGUCGGCAAGAAUAGCCAAGUUCGACCUCACGCCCGCGUACUCGCUAUCAAGAAUGGACCAAAGGAAGUGUCAAAAAAGCCCUCCCGAAGGAGAUUGAUGGAGCAAACCUCAUUCAAGACACACCCAUGUCGCAUGCGCUACCAGCUCCUCUCUUACUCCGCAAUCCCCUUCCACCUCAUCACCUGGCCACGAAGCGAAUCCGUGGUCCCACCUUCAGACCUCGCGGAAAGUUCCGCCCUGCCAGAUUUCAUCACCGUGGACGGCGAAGCAGGCUGCGAGUACGACGAGAUGCUGCUCUUCUACCUGAUGGGACUAGCGAUGGAGCGCCUCACACUCGAAGGCUUCGCUGAAUUAGCCCAUGAGGUGUGCGACCUCCGAAUCCGUUUGUCGCGGAGUAGACGCGGAGUUGAUCCGCCUUUUGGUCCCACGUCAGGACGACUUCUCGCAGUGGAGCCACACGGGCUGGAUGAUAAGAUACAUGUCAUUUGUCGGGGAGACGUCGAGAAGGAUAAGAUCAGGAUGUGGGUGGUGAAUGAAGACCAGGGCCAACAGAGCUGCAUCAUUCGCAUUGAGAAGCGUUCCGAGAAUGCAUCGCGGACGCUUUCGAGUCUGGGGAAGAGGGAGGUGUCGUCGUCGCCGAGGGUGUACUGCGAUAUUGCGUCUAAGAAAGUGAAGGUGGAAUGA